AUGCGUGUGAAUUCCCUCUUUUACGCGCUCUCCUGUUUAAUGGUAUUCCAUUUAAACCUCUUUCACAAGGGAACAAGGGUUAACUACGUUUCUGCCUACAUCAGUUCCAUACACAAGUACACGAGUCACGGCAACGGAGGCAGUAACGGAGGUAGUAACGGAGGCGACAACAACCCUAAUCACGUCGGGAAUCAGAAAAUAGACGCCAACGGACCAGCAUACAGGUCAGCUGCCUCGUUCUUCAAGAAAAAGUUCCAUCAGAUUUAUCAGCAGAACGGCGUAAACAUCUCCAGCGGGAGGAAGGACUCAGAAACGACCUCGCAACAAUCACAAGAAAGUGCCAAUCAACAAGGAGAUAGAGACAACAUGGCAGUCCCCAUCGAACAGAGACUCGCAGACCUGAAGAAAGUAAUGCAAGAAAAUAACAUCGAUGUGUACAUCCUAAUAAACAGCGACGAACACAACUCAGAAAUAAUAAACGACAAGGACAAGAAAAUAUUUUUUUUGAGCAACUACAGUGGAGCUGACGGUACCUUAAUACUCACCCAGGAGAAGCAAAUUCUAUACGUGAAUGCACUAUACGAAUUACAAGCGAAGCAAGAAUUAAACCAUGACAUUUUCACCCUCCGAGUUAGCAGAAUUACCAACCGAGAUGAAAUAUAUGACACAAUUGCAUCCCUGGAACUUAACAAUAUUGCAGUGGAUGGAAAAAACACCAGUGUGGCUUUCUAUGAAAAAUUAAAGAGUAAAAUAGAGUCCACUUAUCCAGAAAAAAAAGUGGAAGAAAAAGUGAUUUACGAAAAAAAUAUGAACCAAAUUGUAAAAAAUGAUAAUAUAAACCUCCUCAUUUUGGAGAAGUCCCUAGUAGAGUUAAAAAACACUGAAGUGAACAACAAGCAGGUGUUUAUACAUGACAGAAAAUAUAACGGUGCAUGUUCAGGAGAGAAAUUAGAAAAAAUAAGACAAGCAUUUUCCUGGGACAAGAAAAAUGUAGAUAGGUUAUUACUCUCAGAGUUAGACGAAAUUUCUUAUAUUCUAAACCUACGUGGAUUUGACUACACCUUUUCUCCUCUGUUCUAUAGUUACCUCUACUUCGAGUUCAACAGGGAAAAAGAUGAAUUUGGAAAAAUGAUUUUAUUCACUGUAUCGAAGAACCUCUCCCCAAGUUCUAUUAGACACCUUAACACAGUUAAAGUGGAAGUCAGGGAAUACGAAACGGUGGUCGAAUAUUUAAGGGACCACGUGUCGUCCAAAACGAUGGCACUCACCAAUCCAGACAAUGGAGCAAGCGUAGUUCAUACAGUCCCCUCCAGAGAAGUCACAGAAAAAGAACCCGAUUCGCAGAAAAAAUACGAAAUUUCCCUCAGCCCAUAUAUCAACCUAAUGAUCUACAUGCUUUUUAAUAAGGACAAAAUAUUGCUGGAAAAAUCUCCUGUUGUUGACUUGAAGGCAGUUAAAAACUACGUCGAAAUAGAUAACAUGAAAGAGGCACAUGUGCUCGAUGCAUUGGCCCUUCUACAAUUCUUCCACUGGUGUGAGGAGAAGAGAAAAACCAAAGAGUUAUUUAACGAAACAGAAAUGUCCUUAAAAAAUAAAGUAGAUUACUUCAGAUCCACCAAACCAAACUUUAUCUCCCCCUCCUUUGCAACGAUCUCGGCGAGUGGACCAAAUGCUGCAGUUAUUCACUACGAAGUUACUGAGUCUACAAAUGCGAAAAUCACGCCAAGUAUAUUUCUCCUUGAUUCGGGAGGACAAUACUUACACGGAACCACAGAUGUAACUAGAACUACGCACUUUGGAGAACCCACAGCAGAAGAAAAGAAAUUUUACACCCUAGUACUUAAGGGACACCUACAUUUAAGAAAAGUUAUAUUUGCCAGCUACACCAAUUCUAUGGCUUUAGAUUUUAUUGCACGAGAAAAUUUAUUCAAACAGUACCUCGAUUAUAAUCACGGAACUGGACAUGGAGUAGGGUUAUUCUUAAACGUCCAUGAAGGUGGAUGUUCCAUAGGACCAGUAGGUGGCACUCCACUGAAACCUUCUAUGGUACUUUCGAACGAACCCGGAUUCUACCUCGAAAAUAAAUUUGGUAUCAGAAUAGAGAAUAUGCAAUAUGUCAUUAGCAAGAAGAAAACAGACAGCACAGAGUUCUACUCCUUCGAAGAUUUAACACUCUAUCCCUAUGAAAAGAAAUUAUUUGAUUAUUCUAUACUGACGACUGAAGAAAUUAAAGACAUCAAUGAGUACCAUGACAACAUUAGAAAAACCCUCCUCCCAAGGCUGAAGGAAAAACCCUCCGAAUACGGCGAAGGAGUAGUGAAGUACCUCAUGGAUAUCACCCAACCUAUUUCGAUUAACUAG